AUGAAUUGCGAAAAACGUGUCAAAGAACCUCUGGGCGUGUCUUCCCCCCGGCCAAUGCCGCCGAUCCCGAAGUACGGUCGUAAGCGCGGCCACGGCACGAACGACUCCGGUGUGGAGGACCUGGAACUGCAGGAGGUGGACGGCACCAUGAAGCCGCGGCCCCCGCCAAGAGUGGACAAAGAGUGGAAGGCUGUGGGACUCACUUACACAGGCCUGGUUCACAGCACCUCCCUCCCGCCCUACUCCACGGUGGAGCGGCAUCGUCCCGACGGGGAGGACAUCGGCGAUCCCGCUGAUUACACCGAGGAGCAGAACGUGGCUCAAAUUCCACCCCCACUGGAGCACAGAAGCCAGAAGAAACCAGCAAGACGAAGCGUGUACCGAGGCUCGGACUUGGAAGACGUUGUCGACGUGGACAAUGAGGUCCCGUGA